AUGGCUGAGAUUUUGGGUAGAAAUAUCAAGAGUCUAGUAAAAAUGAGAUUGUGGAAAGGUGCACUCAUUCACAAUAGUAUUGAUCCUAUCUCCCACUCCCAAUUUGCUGAUGAUACAAUUCAUUUUGGGGAAGCCACUGAGAAGGAAGCUAUAGUAAUUAAGAUGCUUUUGAAUGAUUAUGAAAAAGGUUCAGGGCAGAGUAUGAACAAGGAGAAAUCAAUGAUAUAUUUCCUCAACACUAAUGUGAGAAUGCAGCGUAAAAUUGGGGAAAUCAUGUGUUAUCCACAGGGCAAUUUUCCUCUGAAGUACUUAGGGGUUCAGUUAGAUCCGGGUAAACAUCAGAACAGAAUGUGGGAGGAUGUGAUCAACAAAUGUCAAGUAAAGGCCUCUUCUUGGAAGAACAAGUGGUUAACUUAG